AUGCCUACAAACGCUGGGCACAAGAUGCUACCUCUGCAUUCUAUUCUGAAUCCUGCUUUGUCCGGGCCCUCCGGGCCUAUUUUCCGACAGUCUGACCCGGUUAUGGCAAUACCAUCGAUACCAUUGCCGUCGGGAGCAUCACGAACGACGACGGAUGGACCAAUGCCUACCCAGAAGGCGAAACCACAGGGAAGCGCUGACAAUAUGCCCAAGCCGAAGCUGCAUGGCCCAGUCAAUUUCGCCCCUUUUGAGGAUGUCGACCAAGCAUCGUAUCGAGAGGUUCAAAGGUUUCAAGUCAGUCCGUUUGGACAAAUACGACAGAGUUGCGACCAUAUCCCUUACAGUAGCUCAAAGAAGGACUUUUUCGGAAAGACGGGAAGAGAGAGCAUCGAAGUUUUCAAGUAUGAGUUUUGUUAUAACGAGGCCAUCUAUACCGUCAUGUGGGACUAUAAUGUUGGUCUUGUUCGCAUGACUCCAUUCUUCAAGUGUUUGGGUUAUGCAAAGACCAAACCAUCCCAGAUGCUGGAUAGAAAUCCGGGAUUAAGAGAAAUAUCGCCCAGCAUUACUGGAGGCGCCGUGUCGGCUCAAGGAUAUUGGAUGCCAUACUCUUGUGCAAGAGCUGUAUGUGCGACGUUUUGCACGAGAAUCGCGGGUGCAUUGAUACCGCUCUUUGGCCCGUCGUUUCCCUCUCAGUGCACUCCUUCCGACUCUCCUUAUUACAACGAGAUGGUGAUUAGUCGGCGAAUUAUCAUGGAGGCCACUGAAGACGUCGCAAGAUUUCGCUAUGGACAGGAACAAGGAAAUCGAAUUGCAAAGGCUGUUGGUGGAAUACGUGGCCCUCUGGUGCUUGGAGACUAUCCCCUACGAGGCAAACGGGAAAGCCAGCCAACGCCCUCCUUCAGACUACCGUCGCGCCCUCAACCGCCGCGUUCUCAGCGUUUGAUCACCUCGAUUCCCGAGACUACCUUUGGUCACCAUCCUAUGGCAAUUUCGGCUCCGAGUACGGCAUGCGAAGCCCGCGAAGCCAACCUCUUUUCUCGAAUGAACAUGAACAUGACUGGUAGAUCUGUUCUCGAUCCUAAGCUUUUCCAGCCACCGAGCUCUUUGUUCGAUGUGUCCCCACGAACCGAGACGAGCGAAUCUGAGAAGAAGCAUAUUGAGAAAUGGAGACCGAAGCGGCGUAGACGAGCUCAUAACGAGGAUGGAACAGGGUCUUCGCAUGCUCCACUUGUGGAAGCGUACGAGAAGAGACGACCACAGGUUGAACUGGAGCAAUUCAGAGCAGCCGCAGCACUGCUGAGCUUGCAUAGAGAGCCCCGAUAUGCAGAACAUUCCUCUACGAUAGCGGUGGAAACAUCGGACGACGACUUUCCGGAACGGCGUCACCAGAAGAAGCGACCAAAGGCACAUUCCUUUUAA